AUGCAUGUGGGUGAUAGUGGUGAGACUAGGGAUAAUGUGCGUGGAGUUCAUGAUGUUGAUGGGGGUGAUCAGUUGGAGGACAUGUUGCAUGCGGUUAAAGAUCAAUUUGAUGACAACCCUUCAAUGCUUGAGAGCUUGUUAAGCGACUCUGAAAAGCCAUUGUAUGAAGGUUGCACCAAGUACACGCGAUUAUCCGCUAUUCUCAAGUUAUAUAACUUGAAGGCAGGUCAUGGUUGGACUGACACUAGUUUUAAUAUGUUAUUGGAGCUAGUGAAAGAUAUGCUUCCCAAAGAUAAUGUUCUUCCUGAUGUGAGUCGGACUCACCACGAAUCAUUAGAGAGUUGUCCAAUUUGUAAAGCUUUACGGUACAAGAAAAGGGAAGGAGCAGUACCAGCCAAGGUAUUAUGGUAUUUUCCUAUAGUACCAAGUUUCAAACGAUGGUUUUCAAAAGCAGAAGAUGCAAAGAAGUUGACAUGGCAUUUUGAUAGUCGAGUAGAUGAUGGAAUGCUUAGACAUCUAGCCGACUCUCCGCAGUGGAGGUUUAUUGAUGGAAAAUUCCCUAAGUUUGCCAAUGAAAAGCAUAAUUUACGCCUUGCAUUGUCUACAGAUAAGUUUAAUCCAUUUAGUUCCUUGAGUAGCACAUAUAGCACAUGGCCAGUUAUGUUGGUCACCUAUAACUUACCUCCUUCAUUGUGCAUGAAGAGAAGGUUUAUGUUCUUGUCGUUGUUAUUUCAAGGUUCAAAGCAACCAGGAAAUGACAUCGAUGUGUAUUUGACACCACUUAUUGAUGAUUUGAUUAUGCUUUGGGAAGAAGGUGUUGAAGUGUUUAACGCACAUCGCAAUGAGAAGUUUAAUUUGAAAGCAAUGCUAUUUUGCACUAUUCAAGAUUUUCCGGCUUAUGGUAACCUUUCGGGGUACACUGUAAAGGGGGAAAUAACCCGUCCCAUCGGUACGGAGGAUUACAAGGGAACUUGGUUAAAAGCAUCUAGAAAGCAUGAUUAUUCGGUUCAUUGUCAAUUUUUGCCGCCUAAUCAUCCAUAUCGCAGGAGAAAGAAUGUAUUCUAUGGGAAGCAAGAGUUUAAAGGGCAACCAAAAGUCAUCUUAGGUGAAAAGGUGUUCGAUAAGGUGAAAAAUAUUGAAAUCACAUUUGGCAAGAAACAUAAAUCGACCCUUUCUAUGAAGGGGUUAAAAAAAGUGUUCAUAUCUUUGGCGGCUUCCUUAUUGGAAACAUCUUUUAGUGAGACAUUCACUUGA